CGCCGCCGUCGCAACGUUCCACUCGCCGGCACAGCAAACAGCUCAUCCAUGGCUAUCUCAGGAAGCUCCAACGGCUAUACCACGGCGGCUUUAGCCUUUACACUCGCCGUAGUAUCUGUAUCUGCUGCCGUCUCGCUGUGUAGAUGGCGAAGACGAGGACAAGAUUUGGAAUAUAGGAUUGAGGAACUUGAGAAGUCUUUGGGAUCCACCAUGGAGAAAAGUGCUUCUGAGAGAAAAGGUCGAGUUAAAGCUCAGCAGGCUUUACGGGAGGCGUUAGCACAGACUGAGUCACAUGAUUUACACAGCACAAUAUACCCGUUGCGACCAAUUGGCACUAUACAGUCUUGCUUCUCUACUAGGAACGGGACACCGAGGCAGCCAUUGCUUGUUUCUCUUGCGAGGGCAUGUUUGGUCUUUGAUCCGGCUUUGGUUCCUCCUGCGUCUCUUGAGGGUCUCGAAGAGUAUUCUCAUUGCUGGAUACUAUACGUGUUUCAUCUCAACACUGAUAUCGAGAAGCUAUGGAGAAAGCCAUCUCAGUCGAAGCUCAAGGCAAAGGUGAGAGUGCCAAGGCUAAAUGGGGAAAGGAAGGGAGUCUUUGCUACUCGAUCCCCUCAUCGACCUUGUCCCAUUGGCCUCACCGUUGCUAAGGUGGAGGAAAUCCAAAAGGAUAAGGUUCUGCUCUCUGGUGUUGAUCUGGUGGAUGGGACUCCGGUGCUCGACAUCAAGCCUUAUUUACCAUACUCGGACAGUAUUCAAGGAGCCUCAGUGCCAAACUGGGUAAAGGAGGACUGCUUAUUGGCUGUGGCUUCUGUGACAUUCUCAGAGACCUUCUCUUCCUCCAUCACCAGCUGCUGGAAACUGAUAGAAAAGAAGUCUCUCUAUGGUUCAGCAGAUGAGUUUAGGAGCUUGAUCAUGCAGGUCCUGUCAUGGGACAUACGAUCAAUGUCGCAACGGAACAAGCCACAAGAUACAUUGGAUGUGGAAAUCGUUUAUCACUUGGUUCUGGAGAAACUAGACGUGUCUUACAUGAUAGAUAAUGAAAGUAAUAUUCUCGUUCAAGAUGUUUCUCUUCCCAAAAACCUGCAAGAUUUUGCCGGAAGCUGAUAUUUGUAAAGAUUUUUUGGAUCCUCUAGACAUGAAAUUUCGAUAAGAGUAGCUUUCCCUUGGCAAGAGCAUUCACCUUCUCUUACAUUAAAUACUGUUAUAAUUU